AUGGCUCGGUUGCUCACCCUCCCUGGAAAACUACGCUCCAGACGAUCGAUCAAGCGAAUCUUCAUCGUCUCAUCCUGGUUGUUUGUCUUGCAUGAACUGUACAGCUUCCUCACUCACCAUCGAUCAACCCUUCCCUUCAUCAAUCCCUCGCAGCAGUCCCUCGAAUCAGAUUACAUCCUUCCGCCUCAUCCCAUCCAGUCUCGACUCGAAUCCGCCCGCCAACGAUGGAAGGAUAAACUCAAAUCUCAAUCAGUCGACUACGGCCAAUUCAAAGCAAAGUACCGUAAAAAAUACAACCUCGAACCUCCGGAAGGCAUGCGGGAGUGGUUCAAAAUCGUCAGCGCAGAUGGUGUCUUGUUGGUCGACGAAUUUGAUGGCUUGAUGGACAGCUUGAAACCUUUCAGGGUCAUGAGUCCUGAGGAACUUCAUCGAAGAACCUUGGAAGUGGCAGCCAUGCCCACGUUCUCCUUGUUAAAUAUAACCGAUGCACACGCACAAUUUUAUGGCCAAAACUAUCGAGAUGACUUCAAGCACUACAGCCGUGAAAACUAUGGGCCAGGUAUCGAACGGGUAGAGGGUCUGGCUUCCAUGAUGCAGCGCCACAUCCAUCGCGUUCCCAAUGAUCUUAUCUUUGCCGUCUCAGAAUUAGCAGAGCCGCGGGUGAUUGUCCCAUGGCAAGACCAUCCACAUACGAUCGAAUCCUUUGAACUUGAGACUCUGUCAAUGCACAAGAAAGAUUAUAGUCAACAGCUCAAGCCCAUCGAAAUGAAGAAACUGCUACCCUCCCCUGCGUUUGGCGACUCCGGUAAUACUUGGGAGCUCUAUGCAAAAUCUUGUCCGCCUGAGAGUUCGGCUCGCAAAAAGCUCUUGAGUCUCACUCUCGAAAACGCACCAGCCCAGCACAAGGAUCACUUCGUAGAUCAUCACAAUGACCCCAUUCAUGUCAAACGGGGCAAGUUGAAGACGGGCCUCAAGAAAAGACGGUCUCCCAGCAAUCUUACUCAGUCCUCCCCCGACAUCCUUGACACCGGUGCGAGUGAUGGCCCGCCCAAAGGAUAUCCCACAGCAACUCUACUCCAGGAAUCUGAUGAAUUCAAAUUUGUUGAAGUCGGCAAGGCUGGUCUGUCCCACGAGGAACUUUGUUCAAACUCUGAACUACAUGAAAACCAAGGUGCUUUUUUUAGUGACUGGAGAAGUUUACCUGCCCUCUAUCCGGUUUUCAGUCCUUCCAAGAUUGAUGGAUACUCAGACAUCUUAAUUCCGUCAAAUUUUUACUAUGGUGAUGACGCAAGGUAUACGUUCCAGAGAAAUGAAACAAUCCCUUGGGAAGAGAAAAAGAAUGUUUUGUUCUGGCGUGGCGAAACGACUGGUGGCGGUAAUUCCCCUCCGGGACAUCAGUUACAGUAUCAACGGCAUAGAUUUGUAAGACUUGCAGGAAGGGUGUCGGACGUCUUAAAAAGUUUGCUAGUACUUGAUCCUCGAAGUGGUAUGAUUCGACACAUCAAGCGUACCCUCACCGAGCUAAAUCAAGCGUGGCUUGACAUUGGAUUCACAGGUUACACUGGGUGUGGGGAUCCCAAAAUUUGUACUCUCACGGAGAAACUAUGUCCACUCAAGAAGACCGUUCCAUUGAAAGACAUGGCCAAGUAUAAAGCUAUCUUAGAUUUAGACGGCAUGGCCUUUUCUGGUCGUUUUGUGGCAUUAAUGAAUAUGGGAAGUGGGGUUUUCAAAUCUUCAAUCUACAAGGAUGCAUUGACAGAGUGGAUAGAGCCAUGGGUCCAUUAUAUUCCCAUAGGGGGAGAAUAUUCAGAAUUAUAUAAUCUGUUGGCGUACUUCCUGCCACUUGAAGAAGAGGUGGAUCAAACAAAACCGAAGAAUUGGAUCAGGAGGCUGUGGGAUUCGACUCAAAGCACGAAAACAGAAGGAGAUCAGCAGCUAAGACAAAUUGCUGAGGAUGGUUUGAAGUGGAGUGAAAAUGUCGGGAAUAAGCAGGACAUUGAAGCUUAUGUUUACAGGCUAUCCUUAGAAUGGGGUAGGAUGAUGGGUAAGAUUGGGGAUGAAGAAGUUGAUCCAGAUGAAGAAGUGGAGAGCGACCCUAGUACGAUCUUUGAUUCGCUUGGUCCCUCACAGCGCUACACAGCCCCUGUCAACAAAGAUGACUAA